CAGCACCAGCGAGCACAUAAUGACCCUGUGGCACUGAACUACACCUUUGCUCAAGUAGUAACUGCUGGAUCACAUGCCUCACAACAGCUGAAGAACCUUCAGAGUCGCUGUUUGGUCCCAGGAUGGUAUGCUACUCACCUAGAAAGAUGGCUUACGUACUACCCACCCAGUCAACUUCAUAUAGUUGAUGGUCAAGAGUUGAGGAGCAACCCAGCUGCAGCCAUGGACAAUGUCCAGAAGUUCUUGGGAGUGACACCACAUUUCAAUUACACACAGGCAUUA